GCUUCGGUGGCACUAUCUUCGCUUGUCUCCGCUAUUGUUGCCUCCGCUUGCUUAGACAACAGACGUACUCGAGGAGAAAAGAUGAAGAUCCUCGUUGCAGUGCUCGUCCAUGUCAUGUUAGCAGGACUUGUCUGCUCAUAUGGUGAUUUUGCGAACAGACAGAAGUCUCUGUUGCACUACUUUCGGAAUGCCGAAAAUGAUGUCCAGAGAAAUGCUGACAGGACUUUCCUCUUCCAAAGCGUUGACCAAGGAACCCACCACAGCUUUGGGGAUCGCUCGACGCGAACGCAAGACGUCUUCCAGGAAGGCCAGGGUGACGUCACCGUCCAGAACGUGAUCCAAGGCCCCACCUUCCACCACGGCGAUGAGACGCCCGCCAAGCCCCUGCAGACGCAAGCGGUGCACCAGCAGGGGAAAGGCCUGGUGGUGGUGCAGAACGUGGUGCAAGGGCCGACCGUCCACGUGCCCAAAUAUGACUUCUUCGGCAGGAAUUAUCACCCCUGGGCACCGAAGUAUGGAUAGGCGGCUAGUCGGAUGGACGGGUUGGCGGAUAGACGGAUCGAUGGCUGAACAGAUGACGGAAAGGAAUGCUGUCCCUUUAAUUUUCUUUAAGGGGGAAAAACAUGCUCCAUGUUGCUUCUAUUGGAUUUCAUUCCUUCUUGAUUUUUUGUUUUUUUUUCUUUAAUGUAGAAAGAAAAAAUGACAGUUAAGUAAUAAAAGCACAGACAAUAAUAA